GCCCGCUGCGGCCGGGCAAGACGGGGUGCGGGAGCGCUCGGGUGGCUGAGGGACCUGCAGCGACCCCUCCGAUCGGGAGAGCAGUGCGGAGCAACGGAGCCGCCUCUGGGGAGCGGAGCAGCCGGGUAUCGGUGGCGCCGCUGAGCGCAGGUGCCGUGAGUGAAUCGUGACACUGGGCAGCACCAUGCGGCACUGCGCAGUGGUGGCUGUGCUGCUCGCGGCGGGAGCACUGGCAGGCCCGUCCGGCCAGCGGACCGAGCACAGGUGCGCGGCUUACUGUCUGACGGCCCAGUCCAGCAAGUUCGCCUACUCGCCCGGACAGACGUACCACUACAACUUCCGCAGUACCAUCCGCACCGACCUGCCGGCCGCCUCGGACGAGGUCUCCAGUCUGGAGGUCACGGCGCGCGCCGAGAUCGUCGCCAACUCCGCCUGUGACUUCACACUCUGGCUCCGAGAUGUCACCCUGAAGGAGUCAGAUCCUAGGGACGUCGAGACAAGAUCGUCUGUCGAUGGGAUGGACACCUUCAAACGGGAGCUCGAGAGGCAUCCCCUCUCCUUCAGCUACCAGGAUGGCCGAGUCGAAGAGUUGUGUGCCACACAGACUGAAUCGGUGUGGGCGCUCAACUUCAAACGAGGCCUCCUCUCUGCUAUCGUCAACAACAUGGAAUCAUUCGACAGGGAUGAAAGUGAAAAAUACGAGAUGGACGUUUCCGGCUACUGCUCCACCGACUAUACUGUGCUUCCAUCCGAGGACAACGGUACUACGAAGAUCAUGAAGUCAAAAGACCUGCGCACCUGUAGAGAGAGGGGUCGCCUCCUCUCCUCACUCCAGACGACGCCGUACCAUUCGGCUUCAAAGGUUCAAUCGCUGCCUCUCCUCGAGAGCACACAGCAGUGCUGGCAAACAGUGCAAGAUGGAAGGAUCCGUUCCGUUUUCUGCACUGAAGACCACCUGUUCCAGCCGUUCUCCAGAAACUCGGGAGGCGCCCGCUCACUCGUCUCGCUGAGUCUUGUCGAGACCCACGUGAUGCCGACACAAAGUUCCCGAGGGGAAGGAGCGCUGACAUCGCGCGGGAACAUCAUGUUCGACCACUCCUCGCCGACUCUGACUGCUCAGGAUCGUGUCGGUGAUGCCCAGCGUCUGGUGGCAGAGUUGGACCGGGUGGCGACCGAAGACGUGCGACCCGAAAUGCCCCGACUCUUCGCCCAGCUGGUGGCGACCCUACGGCAGGUGGACGCAGACAACCUCUUUGCGCUUAUGACUGACAGAACGGGGAGACAGCGUGCGUUCAUGCUGAACGCACUACCGAUGCUGGGCACCGCGGCGGGAAUGGAGGUGAUGAGGACCAUGAUACUGGAGGGGAGCGUCACCAGCGAGCAGUCGGAUCGCUGGAUGACCUCGCUUGCACUUGUGCAGGAGCCUCGCCUGGAUAUGGUAGAGGCGCUGGAACCUCUUGUAGCCUCCAGAGAUGUCCGCACACAAACACUUCUCGGUGUCACAGCGCUGGUGCACCACCUCUGCAAACGAGACGAAGACUGUAAGCGGCAUCAAGCUGUGGCUCAGGUGGUUGAAAAUAUCGAGAAUCUUUUGGGAAACGACUGCAGUGCUGAUACCCCGGAGGCUCGCGUGAAGGUUCUUGCGGCUCUGAAGGCGCUUGGCAAUGCGGGCCUGAUGGUUAAAGGGAGUGCCGUUUUGAGAUCAUGCUACCAGAACAGUGCUGAUGUUGAGGUGCGCCUUGCAGCCAUCAGAGCAUACCGGAGGAUGAGCUGUGAAGAGAUUGCAGGAAGUGAGCUGAUGAGUACACUUGCCAACCAAAGGGAAAACACCGAGGUUCGCAUCGCCGCAUACCUGGCUAUCACACAAUGUCCCAAUCAAGAAGUUGUUGACAAGCUACUCGAGCUCUUGCAGAAGGAAACAUUGAAUCAGGUAGGCAGUUUCAUUUGGACUCACAUCACCAACUUGCAAGAAAGUAACGAUCCAGGAAAGGGCUACAUCAAGUCACUUCUCUACAAUGCGGAUCUCGCAAAGAAGUUCAACACCGACGCGAGGAAGUUCUCGCGCUAUUACGAGAAAACGCUGUUCUUCGAGUCCCUCAAUGCUGGCGGCACUGUAGAAGGUAACGUCAUCUUUUCUCCUGACUCCUACAUUCCAAGAUCUGGCAUGUUGAAUCUGACAGUAGAUCUGUUUGGGGAUUCCAUCAACCUAGUGGAAGUCGGAGCUCGCGUUGAGGGUUUGGAGCAACACAUCGAGAGGCUCUUUGCCAAAGAUGGUUCAUAUCCUCAUGCAGCGCUGCAAAAAGUUAUAAACACCAUUACAGGAAGCGAUAGCGCCAGCGAUAUCAACAGACUCUCAAGUGCUUACAACCAAGCAAAUCCGAAUGCUGACACCUUCAGAGCAUCUACGUAUGCGAAAAUGUUCGGCAACGAGCUGCACUUUGCGAAUUAUGACAACAUGGCAGACCUCAUUCGCUCACUAAAAGGAGACGAUCCACUCAGCUUUUUCAAGGAGCUUGGUCAAGAAAGAGAUUGGUCUGAAAACUACCAAUUCCUAGAUUCCAGCUAUACCAUUCCCACUUUGGUCGGGUUCCCACUCACUUUACACGCUAUCGGCUCGGCAUCGGUAAUGGUGAAAACGGGAGGUUCGUUCAACUUUGAGGGAUGGAACAAGAUAAACGUGGAGGGCUAUGUCAAGCCCUCGGCGGCUGUGGAGAUCGUGAGUGGCAUGGGCGUGGAUGCACACGUCGCCAGGACAGGACUGAAAAUGAGGGCGAACAUGCAUACAUCGACGGUCCUGGAUGGUCACUUGGUAAUCGAUUCCGGCAAGGUAGCAUCCGUGAAGUUGAAUAUGCCGAGGGACAAAGUUGAGAUUUUCGACGUGGAAACUGAAUUUCACCGUGUGUAUCGCAACGAAGAAGCGUUACUGACCAAUAAACUAAAUAGCUUUGAACUGAACGAGUAUGGUGCCUGUACAGACACAUAUAUUGGAUCUCCACUCGGCGUCAAAGCCUGUUUCGAAAUGAGCUAUCUCUCAUCUCAAGAGACAACUCACAACAGGCCAUUGCUCCUAUUGAUGUCACCCGUCAAAGCGAGUUUAUCAAUGGAGAAAACCGACCGCUCCAUCGAGGCGUUUACACUGGAGUACACCCACAGUAAGCAGAACGACGUGCGACAGUCCUCUCUAACAUUCGACACACCAGGUGGACGUCAAAAUCGUCGCGUGAGUCUCCGCUACAUGAUCGACGCUCCUCAGAAGGCCUUCCACAUCAGCCUCAACACUCCGAUCAAGUCGCUGGAGCUCAGCGGCGGUCUUCAUCUCACCGGCGCAGAGAAGCACGCCAACGUCCUGAUUCGGCUGGAUGACCGCGAGAUGGUCAACAUCAAGGGCAGCUUGACGAAGGACGAGUACGCGGCGGCGCUGCGCUACCGUCCGCAGCUGGCCAUCCGCGGCCCGUCCGGACCCGUCUUCAGUCUCAGCGGAAAUCUGAACAUGAACAAGGACAAGCACAAGUACGCCAUCGACCUGGUCAUCUCAGAUCUGUUCGAGACUCCAGUCAUGCUGAGUGGAACUGUCGACGAGACGGACGGAACCUACAUGCUUGCGACGUCAAUGGACUCCUACAUGCUAAAGGGCUCGCUGAUUGGAGCCUUCCGAUACGUGGGCAAUGAGUUGGAAUUCAGAACCAACACCAAGUACACAAUUUUCGACGGUCCACAGCAUACCAUCACGGUCAACACCAAAAUGUGGCAGCAAGUGGAUGGAUUUGGAUCUGUUUACAAUGCUACCAUGACUACAAAGUUUUCUGCGCUCCCGGUAUUGGACUCGGACGUCACGCUGUACCUGAGCCGGACAAAGUACGGACUGGAAGGACUUCUGGGGCUGCAUCACGACCAGCAUGACUACCAACUUAGUGGGGAGCUGUCCGACCGAAACGGCAGGCGCACCGGCCAGGUCGGCUUCAGGGCAGAACACCUGGACGUCGACUUCAAAGUGGCCCUGAAAUUCGAUACAAGCAAAAAAGGAAGACUAGAGAUGACUGCCUUGGCCCAGCUGCAAGAAGAUAAAUCUGCCCAAGGUGGACUGGUUGUUGACUACUUGUCAGAGUCGUAUGACCUGGAUUACGGCAUCAACGCAUUUGCCACACUAAUGAACUCCAGCUAUUCUCUGAGCGCCGGCUUCCAGCGUAGUGUGGAAUAUUCACGCAAUGAUUAUACCAGCAGCUAUUACUUGAAGUUUAUCGCCUCGCGUACCAGCGCGGCCGUCAACAAGACCAUCAGCCUGGUGUCCCGGUUUGUGGAGCUCUCUGCCGGCGAGCACACGGCUGAGGUGACCCUGCACCUGCCGGCCUACCCGACCACGCGCCUCGGCGGCCGGCUGGCGCUCAGCUCCCAGGGACGCUACCUGGCCAGUGCCGAGCUGAGCCAUGGAGCGCGCACCUACCUGGCCAGCGCCGAGUACCGCUUUGUCGGCCUACAGACGGUGGAGCUGCGCGUCCACCUGCCCGGGAGACAGUACUCGGUCACCCUGACGGCCAGGAGCGGCGGCGGCAGGUCAAAGGUCACCGCCGACCUCCACGUCGGUAGGCGGAUCAUGGCCGCGGCCACCCUGAACGACCUGCGGUGGUCAGGGCGGGGACCGGAAAGCUUGCUGAAUGAAGACAUGACACUGUUCACCGGAAACUUUGAGCUCUUCUGGAACAAGGACGUCGACGACUCGCAAAAAGUCAUCGCCGACUUUAAACUUACAAACCGCCAAGUCGAUACCAGGCUUCAAUAUCCGGGACACGACAUCAAACUUCUGGCCGAGCUGAGGGCGAAUGGCGUGAUGGCGGUGCUCCAGCUGUCUCCUGAAGAGAUCAUCUCGGCAAAAGGCACUGUGAGCUUCGACGAAGCCGGUCGACUCGGAGCCACCAUUGAGGUGGAGACUCCCUUCCCCGGAUACUCAUCAAUGAUGCUGCAGUUCAUCAACAGGCCCGAUACUACAACCGAGAAAAGCCUUCUCAAUUUUCAGGUGACUGGUCGCGUGGAAGACAGAGAAGUGGUGCUGGGCGGACGACUGGUCUUGGACUUCAACGGGCUGCGUCAAAACGCGGGCAAUACCCUGAUGGUGGAGCUAAACCUCAAAACGCCGUUCGCUGGCUGGGAGCGGAGUCAACUUAUCUGUUUUUACCUUCAAGAAGCCAACGACAUCACUGGACGUUUCUCAGCCUCAAAGAACGAUGAGGUGAUUGCGCUUGGUGUAGUUUUUGAAAAAGUGCACCAACAAGACGUUUUCAAGAUCAACACAGCUGUCGACUUCGCACUGCCCGUGGAUCGUGUCAGCAAUGGGAAAGUGGGCUUUGGACUGACACUGAGAGAUGCGAGGCUAGUUUCAGAUACGAUAGUCGAGUGGACUAGCGACAAAACCAACCAGCUUUCCAUGAAUGUCCAGUGCACGUAUAACGUUACAGAACAUGUGGAAAUAGACUCACAGGUCACCUUCAAGACACCAUUCAAAAAUAUGAAACUCCUGGAAGCGCAAAUGAAUCUUAUGAAAAAUGGAGGAAAGUUGCUGAGCUCGAUUCGAGUUAUGAGAAACAGGACCGAAGAACUCUUCAAAACACAUCUCAAUAGCGUCUAUGACAACUCGGGACAAUAUGCUGGAGACUUUGACUUCAAAUGUUCUGAAUGCCCUGCCUUUGGUGCGUCGCUGAGCUACCACCUCGCCGACGAUGCUAAAAGGUUUAACGUCACAACCACCUGGAAAGAGAACAAGUCCGAACUCAGUGGUGUUACGAAAUCAUUCCAAGAUAGAGGAAAAGAGUACGCCCUUACCAUGGUGCUUCCGAACCCUAAACGCAGAUACUUUCUGAAGAAUGCUUUUCACGCUGACGUCGCGAAGAAAACUGUUUGGAAUAACUGGGAAGUGUCUCGUGACAACCAGUCAGUAAAGAUCGAACUAUCGUCUGUCUGGGCGAUCGAGCAGCGCGCAGGUAACAGCUCAUCCUACUCGGUAAAGGGAACCGGGAAACUGACAUCACCAUUCCUUGGUUGGGAGUCUGCGACAAUAUCACAUACAGGAACGCUCAACAUUUCUGAUGCCGUAGUGGACAUAAGCACACACCUGGAUCUUCAGAAGGAAGAUAAACAUAUUGUCGUCGACGACGUGGGCCAGUUCUUCGGCUGGAGAUCCUGGACAUUCAAGCGCAGCGUCGUUAGCAAUGCCGGGUGGUUUUCUCGAAUCCAGCAAUUCAUCAGUCUCGAUCUGAAUAGCUCCUCAAGACAAGCAACGUUCAAGACCAUAUGGGAUGGUAAAACGGCUCAACUAAAACUAGUGGACGAUGUUUCUCGAGACGGAGACUACAAAGCAUCAGCAACCACGCAGUGGUUCGGGCAGCCUGAGCGGCACCUCUCCCUCACGGUGUCUUCGCAGCCGGAGGCAUGGUCGCCUUCAGUUACCGUGCUUUAUGCCCCCGGUAAGACUGUCAACAUAUAUGGAAGCAUUGCUCGCCUGUCUUCGGCUGCUGAAUCGCAUCUUACAAUUGAGUCACCAUUCACAGAGGUCAUUUUGGUGAAAGUCAGUCACAACUUCCGAGACAACAAGAAGUUUGUCGCCGCUAAACUGAUGCAUGGAGCUAGCAAAUACGACCUGUCAGCGGACUUUGAGUUACGUCGUGAAGCGUUCGAGGUUUCGUCUUCGAUUAAGCUCUCGACUCCUUCAAAUUUCCUCGGUUCAGCGACACUGAACAUGAACUGUAUUCUCUCCAACAGAUUUGUGCUGAAUUGGGAGCUGUCCCACAACCGCAGAAAAGUGUCGUUCAAUAGCAGCUUCGGCAUGAAUGACGGUGGCGUUAUCAUCAAAACACCGCUACCAGGCUUCACCCAGCAAUCAUUGACAUAUACUGUAGCGUCCAAGGAAAUCCAGCUGCGCUUCUCUCACGAAGAAAGAGUUUCGACAGCAGUUUUGUCUGAUAAAAGUAAGCCUGGCGCACUGAAGUAUGCCGCAGAACUUACCACACCCUACCAAUCUUUUGAGCUUCUGACUUUCAGCUUCGUCAAACAGGAAGACAGUCCAUUCACCAUCCAACUUCAUCAAAAUCGCUUGAGGAAAGCCCUUGUAACCGGUUCAUAUGAGCUCUCGGUCCCCAAAUCUAGUGUUCAUCUGAAGGUCCAGACAGCCUUUGAAGCCAUUGGCGAUGGCUCGCUCGAGUUUUCGUACAACUUGGCGAGACCACAUAUCAAAAUGCUUAUCUCAAAGACUGGAAACUUCCGAGGAACAUUGAAAUUCGAAGCGUCUGCUGACAUCACAAUAGCUUCUUCAUCAUUUCGGGCAAAUUAUCACAACAGCGGACUCGUGUUCGGAGCAAGGGACACAACCGUGACCGCCACGUAUGACAUCCAGGGCUCCGAGAAACGCCUCGACAUGCAACUGCGAGAUAACGGGAACACUUUUUCUGUUGAGGGGAGGGCGCAGCUUGCAUCGACAUCCAGCUAUUUGACGAUCAAGGUUGAAUCUCCCUUUGUCGACUAUGAAACACUUUCUGUCGCUAGCAGGUCCACGUCACUUCCAAAUGGUCCAAAACUAUCAUUUGAGCUCGUCAAAAACAACCAAGCCAUUGAAGCGGAUCUCGCAAUCAACGUGAAAGAAGGGGAGGGAAAGGCAGUGUUUGAAAUAAAUACUCCUUUUACAGCCAAUCGCCACGUCCUUCUCUCUGGUGAAUAUCGGCUGCGAAAUAACUCUCCUUACUUCAAGCUGGUGGCAGAGAAGGAUUCAACGAAGAAAACCAUUGUCGGCGACGCAAAACUGAGCAUUGCUGAACGAGAGCGGUGCCGGAGGACUUCGCUUGUGUCUGAUCCAAGAGAUCCUAUGCAUAAGCCAUGCAGAGAAGUCACGCUGGAUGCCUCUCUUAGCACCCCGUUUGUUGGCCUUGAAGAAAUAACCGUGAAAAGCGUUGCAAGCGUCAUACACACCAGACAAACUCGAUACCAGGCACAGCUCGUCAUUGAGCACGGCCAAAACCAGGUGAGAGCUGAUGUUCACGGUCAGCUUGGGUGGCCUUCGUCUUCAAUUACCAUUCAAAUGAGCACACCGAUUCAGUGGAUGCAAACAAUUGGUAUAAACGCAACCUAUGACAUUGAAAGCGCUACAAAAACUGCCUCAAUUACCAUAUCGAAAAACGAAGACCACUUUACGGUGUCUACGAGUGGAUCUGUGGAGAGUGGUUCCGCCAACGGAUAUGUAGCUAUCCUCACGCCGUUCAAAACCUGGCAAUCUGCCAAUUAUUCGGCCGCGUAUAACAUCAAGAACGCUGAGAAACACAUGGAAAUCAGCUCCGAAAGAAACGGCCGGAAACAAACGUUUGCUAUUCGAGGAACAUACGACGGAAGCACAGUGUCAUUAAACGCCGUGACCCCAUUCCAAGGCUUCGAAUCCUUAGGAGUCGGCGGUAAAUACGUGAAUAACCGAGUGAAGCGCGAAAUAGGAUACGAUGCCCACAUCAAUGAAGACCGGCAUCGGCUGUACGUGCUGUAUGAAAGAGACGGCAAGGAGAACAUCAAAUUAAGGCUGAACACACCCAUUCACGGGUUGCACGCGGUUGAGAUAGACUUGAGAAAACAAUCGUUCUCUGAUGGCAUCGGGAUCUACUUGGAAAUGAAUACAGACGGAAAACGAAGUUCCGGAGAACUGCGCACUUCCCUGGUGAAGACAACCAUGGGUAUUGAGCUGAGCUUCAAAUCUGAUUGGGAGGACUUUGAAGAUGUGGGCCUUUCUGGAAGUGUCAACUUGGCGAAGCGCAAAAAGGCGUUUAGGCUUACGUCGAGGUCGAAGAAGCAGAAAAUCGAACUGUCAGGAUUUUACGCGCUGAGCAAAAAGGGAGGCGUUGGGAAGCUGGUGUCGAAGCUUCCGAUCAAAGGCUUUGAAAAAGUGAAUGCAAGAAUAAAAGUGAUAACAGGAAAGAAAAACAGACUGCUGUUAACGUAUGCCGCUGGUGGAAAGAAAAAGAAAAUAAACGGGGACCUUACGUUCACGAAUGGCGGUAUCGACAUCAGCCUCAAAACCCCUUUCAAGGGAUUUCAGAGGAUUAGAGCAAGUGCUAAUAGAGCAACCCAAGCUGACGGGAAGGUAUCGGCGGAAAUGUCACUGAAACGUGAAAAUCGUGAAAUUGCCGUCAAGUACGCUUACAUAUUUUCCAUGAAAUCCGGAGAAGGCAAUAUUGAAAUCUCCACGCCGUAUGAAGGGUUCGAAGAUAUGCGAAUGUCGUUAACCUACAACAAUCGCAAGAAUGAAAGAAACAUGAAAUUCAAUGCAAUGCGUAAUUCCAGAGCAUGGAGCAUCGAGACAUCAAGGACAUGGACUGAAGCCACAGAUGAGACUUCCCUGAUUCUUUCUUCUCCAAUUGAGUCUAUUCGAUCACUCAAGGUGCAUCGGGCUUUCGACAUCAGUAACUUUGCAGCAAUGUCAUAUCGCGCUUCCUAUGAACGAAACAACAGAAAGUUUGCAAUAUCUGGAGAGGGAAGCAUGACAGGUCCUGGAGGUAAGAAAGUCUCCUUGAAGGUGAAUGUGAACACGCCUCUAGAAAUCGGUCAACUGAGCGCCAAUGUCGGCUACGAUCAUAGCGUCACGCCACGCACAGUGAACGCUGGUAUUACGGCAGGAAACAAGUACAUGACACUGACGGCGUCUCUGGGAAGACCAUCUGGAAACAUCAAACUCACCACGUCACUGCGUCAAAUGCCUUCAAUUGACAUUGUCUACAACGCUUACAUCACAGACUCCAGUGAAGAUGUUACUGCCACUGCAACCCUGGCUGACGGCCGGUCACUAUCCAUCGCCCACAAGAUGACCAAAGGACGAGACGGGCGAAGCGGCUCUCUUAAAGUCGAGUCUUCCACAUUUGGGAAGCGCGAACUCGAUUGGUCGUACAGCGUGCAGCGCCGCCAGGACCGUCUGACAAGCCUCUCUGUCGACGCUACUUACAACUCGCCCAACGUCAACGGCAAGUUUGGAUUCUCUACAGAUGAGGUUAGCUCCGCAUAUCACCGGAACGUAAAGGCCAGCUUUUCGGUCACUUCGCAACCGUACACGAGGAACAUCGAACUCGACGCUUCGGUAAAUCUGACCAACUUCCCCGAGAUCGACGCAACGGCAACAAUCACCGUAGAUGGUAAGCCAUACAAACUAGUCGUCAACAGGGAGAAGCAAAGAGGCAUGCGGAAGCUCAACAUAUCGUUUGACGGCCAGAGGAUCAAAGCGUUGCGGAUUGUCGGAUCAUCAUCCACAGAGGUGGGCGAAAUCCAAGGCGAAAGAACUCUUACCAUCACAUAUGGCAGUGGCCCAGAGCAAGUAUCUAUCACAGUCAAUGUCAACCUAGGCAAUUAUGCCAAAUCAGGAACGGUCGAGGUUCAAGUGGAUAAGCCUUCUGGAGGACGAACGGGAAACAAAGAUGUAAGGUUCACUACGAACUGGAGCUUCGUUCAGCCUAAUCGAAGGAUCCAGUCUGAGCUUUCUGUAGAUGGAAGAACUUAUAUUUCCAAAUUGACCGGUUCUCGACGCGAGAAGGCUGGCAAUUACGUUCUUGAAGUGUCUUUCCCAGGCAUCAAGGUAUCUAGACGAAGUACGAUCAGUGAUGCACUGGCAGAAGUUUCAUAUGAUUUCAAUGAUGGAGUGAAUGUGAAAGUGAGAGUAGAUAAGCCAGUUGAAGGAAAAGCUGAACUUGCAUUCAAGAAAUCACAGGCGGAAACAACCGUCACAACACUUCUGGAGCUAAACGAUAACAAUGAUUUGUCACCAAGAAUCGACAGGCACCGUCUGGGCGUGAAAUAUCAGAGAACAAAGACAAGUGCUGGGUCCGUGUUCCAGAUAGGCCUGGAUACCACUGCAUUAGAUCUGGGUGAAGUAGACGUCAAAGCCACGGUUCAAAGAUCAUCUGGAAAAUCUACAGUUAAUAUUGAAUACAAGCGAGGCAGAAAAACUGCCCAAAUCAUCGGAGAUAUAACAAGAGGCCAGGGAUCAGGUAGCAGUACCUUCAGGCUCACAACCCCGAUUGCUGGAUUUGAAGACGUCAGCCUCAGUGGCGGCUAUCAGUACACACCGGGAAAACAAUACGGACUGAAUGUAGACUACUCGCGGGGAGGCAAGCACUUCCGACUGGACGCCACAUCGACGGUGUCAACAAAGAAGGCAAAGGGCAAGCUGAAAACGGUCAGCUCUCAGACCAGCAUUACUGUCAGCUCGCUAAUCACAAGGCCGGUUGAACUAUCGUUUACUGCCAAUGUCAAUAUCAACAACCUGGGUACCCCGAAACAGUCGCUGGCAGGGAAGUUCGAGGGAAUCCGAAAUGGCAAAAAGGUGGGCCUUACCUACAACGUGGACCGCGACGAUCACGGUCGUCGCACUGCCAACGCAGUGCUGACCACUCCACUGAAGGGUGCUUACAAGAAGAUCGUGCUCAACAGCGACGUCUCGCUGCACAGCAACCGGGCGGAGCUGAGUGUGCAGGCCGGUCCGAGGAAGCUGGCCGCGGACGUGUCCUGGUUCGCUGGAGAGGCCGGCCAGUACGGGGCCGAGAUCAGCGUUAUCACGCCUUACGCCGCGCUCAAGACGCUCGAACUCGAGGUACGCGGCACACUGAACCGCGAUCGCAGCGUCGACCUCCUGGCUCACUAUCAACGCAACGGCGUAACGGUGCACGUCACCGGCAACGCUCGGCCCUACGCCGUCGACCUCCUCAUUGAGGGGCCGUCGGGCAACAGCUACCGCGUAGAAGGCGGCGCCAAGAUCGAUCGUGACGCUCGCCACUAUUCGGUUCACGGUCUGGUGACUUCAGUCGCCAAUGGCUUGUCUGCCGGCGGCGAGAUCACGGUCAAGGCGACCGCGCUCAACAACAUGCAGCUGACCGUUGACGUGCAGACUCCAAUCGAAAAGUGGAAGCGCUUCAGCAUUGCUGUCGCCUACACGUCGGUGGACUCGCCUUUCAGCAGAGUGAUCCGAGUCGCCUUCGAGUCGCCGCAGACCAAGCGGUCUGAGGCGUCGCUGCAGCUGACGAACGGCAGUGUACCCAACAAGACGGACCUGCAGGCCGGGGUCACCGUGAAACACCAGGAGUACGGCCUGACGUUCUGGACACACAUCCUACGCGACGCCUCCGGGAUGAAGUACGAAUUGGAGCUGGAGACACCCUACCAUAUAGACCUGCCACUGUUGGCUCAUAGUCAUUAGGCUGUGAAUGCUUGGGUGCCUUUAACGGGUUGCAGCUACGCUUUUGAUCUUUUUUUGUCAUUAUUAGCCAUGGGCUACAUUUGCGACUGAUGUGACCAAUAACCUAGGUAGCUGUAGGGUCGCGAUUGGUUUGUUUUGUUGCUUGUUGUUUGAUCGGAAGAUCUAAAAUGGGCGGAUGUAGAUGUUGCAUUUACGAAUAUGCUCUAUGAGCUUUACGAAUCGCGGCAUUCCUGUUUGAGUCGUGGACUACAAGUACGUACCUUAAUUUGUUUCUCGCUGGUGGCUUUAGCGCAUUUGCUUGUUUUGCUAUGGUAUCGAUGGUGCUAUGAUUGCGUGAUAAAAUAAAAUGUGACGGGUCUUA